AUGCCACCAAAACGCAAAUCCACCGCCAAACCCCCUCGCCGCAAAAAACAGCAGCGUAAAGCCGUCGAUGAGCCUGCAACCAUUAAAGCACGGAGUGAAGCACCUACCAUAAUAAUAGCUCAUGGCGAUAGCGGUGAUGGGGAUAAUUCCCCGCCUCCGCAGCCGGCCAUUUGUAUCAGCUUUACUGCCAUUAAUACGAAAGCUGGCGCCCAACUGAACAGGAAGAUGACGCCGCCGGAGCGAUGCAUAGAGGAGAGCACUGCGUUGUUGUCAAAAGCGCAUGCUACGCGCACUAGAAACCGGGAAACACUGAAGAAAGACAAUUUGGGAAACGUCGAGGAGGGUACUGAGCUUUCGGCGAAGAUGCGUUCGACCCGGUUGAGAAAGGUAGAAAAUACGAAAAAUGAUGAGGUCGUCGAUUCGACAGUUAUAAUACCCGCGGCUGCGGCGAAGGUAGGGAAGGAAGAGUCUUUAAAAGUGGAUAUAGAACCUACAAAGGAAAGUCCGAAAGUAAGCAUUGAGGAGAAUGUCGGAGGGGACGCUGUAGGGGUUGUAGAAGAGAGUACUGAGAAGAGGACUGAGGGAGGCGCUGAGGGUAACAUUGAGGUCAACAUUGUGGGUAACACCGAGAACCCCGAACCCUUAGUAAAAAUACCCGCACCCCGAACCAGAAAAAAAACAGCUCCCAAACAAAAAGCCAAAGACGCCGAUGAUCAUUCCGAGCUCAAGGCCGAUGCCGGGGCAACAAUACCCACCAAAGUGCGCAAGCCCCGAAAACGACCGCCCCGUCCACCGUUUGAGAAGUGGGUAGACCCCGAUCCCUACAUCCCCCGGACCACAAUCUCAAAACACGCAAAGCAGCCUGUGCCUGUUUCGUUUCCACCUCCGUCUACACACAUGCUGGAAAGCCGGCCCACACAGAACGGUUGCUUGUGGUGUAGGUGGAACCAUAAGUGUAAUCCAGACAAAGUCAAGAUCAGGAAGUCGACUAUCGGGUGUAAGGAGUGCAACAUACCGCUCUGUCGGGAAUGCUUUGUUUCUUUUCAUGCUGGGUAG